CGAGACUUAUAUUGAUGAAUGCUUUUUUCUGAUAAUACCAAUGUUUCUGAUUGUGUGUCCCGAGAGAUUAGAACCUAACCUCAACUUCUGCACGAUGGAAAACAGUCGCCGUCUUAUAUUGCGUGUAAAAUAAAGUAUUGCAUGUACAAAUGAAUGUAACAGAAUGGAAGAGAAACGCUGAACAGAAAUGAACUGAAAAUGGAUCUGGAGGAUAUGAACAUAUUACGUCCUCAAAUUACGAGAAUUGGCAAUAGAUAUUACAGAAAAUUGGUGUUUGAAGAGGGAGAUAGUACAGGCAACACAGUCAGCAAUAAUGUUGUAAGUGACGAAGAGGAGUAUCAAGACAAUGAAAAUGAUUGUGAAAGUAUUGAGAAAUCAAGCAAUGGAUUUAAGAGUAUUGUGGAUGUACCUGUUGAGCUUGUGAAGUUUAUUUGUGGCAAAAAAAUGGAGACAAAGACCAGGAUUGAAAAAGAAACAAAUACUCAGAUCAAAAUACCCAGAAUUGGUGCUGAAGAUCCUCUAGUUAUAACUGGUGCAAAGAAAAACAAUGUGUCAUCAUGUCGACGAAAAAUUGAAAUAAUCAUUGAAACAUCACGACAAAAAAUUCCUCCAACACAUUUCAUCUCGUUUCCUUUGUAUAACAAGGAUAUUAUUGGUCGUCUUGUGGAAUUUAAAAGUAUUGCAUUAAAAAUGUGUAAACAGUCAAAAGGUCUGGAAUCUAGUAUUUUUCAAAAGCCUGAAAAACUUCAUCUUACAGUUGUUAUGUUGACACUUUUAACAAAGAACGAAGUUGAGAACGCGAUUUCUGCUUUAGAAAAUUGUUUUAAAGAAGUUAUCAAGCCGCUAUUAGCGGAUAAACCAAUAAGAAUAACACUUGAAGGAGUUGAAUACAUGAACGAUGAUCCAAAUAAAGUGGAUGUUUUAUAUGCAAAAGUGAACGAAAUGGAUGAAGGUGAAAGGCUUCAGAGGUUGGCAAAUGAAAUCAUGAAAUACUUUGUAACGAAGAAUUUAGCAAAAGAUGAAUUCGACAGUGUAAAACUGCAUGCAACUGUUAUAAACACGAAAUUGCGUGAAAUGAAGUCGUUGGCAAAGAGUGGCACGCGAGGGCAAUCUGUGAAUCGUGUUAGUUUUGAUGCAACUCAAAUAACAGAGAAUUUUAAAGAUUUUUAUUUUGGUGAACAUCAUAUUGACAACAUCCAUCUUUGCCAGCGUGGUGUUUUUGAAGAAAAUGGACAAUAUCAUUGCUGUAAAUCCCUGGCUUUAACAUAAAUUCCGAAUUUCCUCCAUUUAAAUUUGAAAAUUCAUUUUUCCGGAGACAAGCUUCACUGAUUAAAUAACUACAUCAGUACUA